AUGGAAACGAUACAUCUCUCUCUCUCUCUCUCUCUCUCUCUCUCUCUCUCUCUCUGUCACGUUUUCUUUCUCUCAGUGUCACGCUUUUUUCUCUCACUCCAUCUCUACUUGUCUAUGUCCUACUCUCACUCUCAGUAUAAUAUGUGCUCCCUCUCUCUCUUUCAAACUCAGUGUCACGUUCUCUUUCUCUCUCUCUCUCUCUCUCUCUCUCUCAGUGUCACGUUUUUUCCUCACUCCUUCUCUACCUGUCUAUGUCCUACUCUCACUCUUAGUAUAAUAUGUGCUCCCUCUCUCUCUUUCAAACUCAGUGUCACGUUCUCUUUCUCUCUCUCUCUCUCUCUCUCUCUCUCUCUCUCUCUCUCUCUCUCAGUUAUAAUAUGUGCUCCUCUCUCUCUUUUUCAAACUCAGUGUCACGUUCUCUUUUUUUUUUCUCUCUCUCUCUCUCUCAGUGUCACGUUUUUUCCUCCUCCUUCUCUACCUGUAUAUCCUACUCUCACUCUCAGUAUAAUAUGUGUUCCCUCUCUCUCUUUCAAACUCAGUGUCACGUUCUUUCUCUCUCUCUCUCUCUCUCUCUCUCUCUCUCUCAGUGUCACGUUUUUUUCACUCCUCCUUCUCUACCUGUCUAUAUCCUACUCUCACUCUCAGUAUAAUAUGUGCUCCCUCUCUCUCUUUCAAACUCAGUGUCACGUUCUCUUUUUUCUCUCUCUCUCUCUCUCUCUCUCUCUCUCAGUGUCACGUUUUUUUCACUCACUCCUUCUCUACCUGUCUAUAUCCUACUCUCACUCUCAGUAUAAUAUGUGCUCCCUCUCUCUCUUUCAAACUCAGUGCCACGUUUUCUCUCUCUCAGUACUAUGCAUUUUUUCUCUAAUUUCUUCUCUACUUGUCUAUAUCCUACUCUCACUCUCAUGCUACGUUUUUUCUCUCUUUCUCCCUCUCUACCUGUCUAUGCUCUUCUCUCUCACCCUCAUGCCUCUCUCUCUUUCUCUCUCUCUCUCUCUCUCUCUAUCUAUCUAUCUAUCUAUCUCUAUCUAUCUCUUUUUACCUUUGUUUUCUUACACUCACUUGUGUAGCGAAAAAAAAUUUUUUUAA